AACCAGUCCCGGAAGCUUGCGUAAGUUUGGCUUCCACUUCUACACUUCACUGAAUUUCCUGAUCCCUAAGUUCAAAUUUGAAAACAAAAUUUUGUCAAAUUAGAAAACUCCCCAAACGUCAAAAUGCAAAUUCUUUGAUUACCAAAAUACAAAGCAAAAAAAUACGAAGUAAUUUUACUUAUUUUUCUACAUAUUUAAUUUUGACAAUUUCCUCACAUUUUUUCUUAUUCAUUUGAAGAAAAAAUUUUAACAAGCAAGGUAAUCCAAAUUGCCGUGGAUUCGUUUGUAUAGACGCAAUUCUAUCCAGGUUUAGGUGUGUAGCUAUCCUCAUUAAGGAAUUGGAUAUUCUUGAUGGGGAAAGGUGGGGGCUGUGUUCCAAGCAAGAAGAAGGUUCCCUCCGGCGUCGCCGACGAUGUCCAACGCGGUUCCAACAACGCGCCGAUACCCGUCGAGGAUAGGCCCAACGACGCCGUGUCGGAUGCCGUACACGAGGCCGCUGCUUCUCAUCCGGUUGUGAAGCUGAAGUUGUUCAUAGUCUUCUACUCCAUGUAUGGCCACGUGGAAAGCUUGGCGAGGAGGAUGAAGAAGGGCGUGGACGGAGUCGAUGGGGUUGAGGCUGUGCUGUACAGAGUGCCGGAGACAUUGCCGAUUGGGGUGUUGCAGCAGAUGAAGGCGCCGCCCAAGGACCCGGAUAUUCCGGAGAUAACGACGGCGGAGUUGGCGGCCGCUGACGGCGUCUUGUUCGGUUUUCCGACCAGGUACGGCUGCAUGGCGGCGCAGAUGAAGGCAUUUUUUGAUUCGACGGGGCAAUUGUGGAAGGAGCAGAAGCUUGCCGGUAAACCGGCCGGGUUCUUUGUCAGUACCGGUACGCAGGGGGGUGGCCAAGAGACCACUGCUUGGACGGCAAUUACCCAGCUAGCACACCAUGGAAUGUUGUUUGUUCCUAUCGGGUAUACCUUUGGAGCCGGUAUGUUUAAGAUGGAUUCUAUACGAGGGGGCUCGCCAUAUGGUGCUGGUGUUUUUGCUGGCGAUGGCACCAGAGAGCCCAGUGAAACAGAGUUGGCGCUCGCAGAGCAUCAGGGCAAGUACAUGGCCGCGGUUGUCAGGAAGCUUGUCCAAGCUUGAUGAUGGGAUUGGGGAGCCUUGGCCUCACAGUAUUUUCAUAUAAAAAAAUUAAUAAAUUUUAGGUUAAUAAUAUAUUUUAAUUAAGUUUAAUAUUCUUUGCUUUGCUUUGAAUAUAGUGAUUGGUUGGAUUGAAGACGACUCUUACGGCUAUUACCCUUAUUCAAAAGGAUGUCUAUAAUUUUUUUUUUAUUAUUUUUUUUAUGAAGGGAUAUCAAUAAUUAGAAUGUGAUACUUGAAUUUUUAUUUUUA